CUGCAUGUGUGCCUUCGGGCUCGGCAAGGACGGGAGAGAGGACAUGCACGGGGCGACCUGUCGACAGGAACGCAACCAGCUCUGGCCCAGGGGGCGCACAUGGCACAUUUUACCAUAAGAUACAUAACACAGUCAGUUGCCACAGGCCCCUGCCCAAUCACCCACCCUCCCAUGCUUGCAGACACGGGAGCUGUUCACAAGUCAUCCCCAACAUCAUGCCCAUCACGUAUCACCGCCCAAGCCCCAGGAUCAAGCCAACGACAUCACUUGGAAAGACAAAGGGUCCACAUUAUCUGAAGCCCCUGACCGUUCCAUAUCCCACAGCACACCAACAACGCCGUGAACCUCCCAGAACAAACAACAUUAGGCAAAAACAAUCCAUUUCCGUCCCCUUAAGCAGCCAUGAACGCCGUGGCUCAGCAGACUCUAGCCUCCUCCUGCCCAAGUGUCACAGGGUAUUGUUGUUACAUGCCAAUACCAAAAGGAUACCUCCCUUUCCUUCACCCUCCUCACCUCGGCACGAUAUUUCUCUCCUUCCAUCAGUUCAUCAUUUUCUAUGCUCGAGUCCUUCUCUCUCCACAUGCCGGCCUCCCUUGAGCCGAGACCGCUGGGCUCGGAGAGCGGCCUCACAGUCACAGCCGAUCCACACCAUGAGCCUUGGUGCCGAACAGGAUCCCCGAUCUUUAACCGACCAAGUCGCUCAUGAUAUUUUUGAACUGGGCAGCCGCGGCGGCAACCGAAGACGACCCCGGACUCUGCUGACGGCCGCUGCCGUUGCUCUUGAGCUCGCUUGUUGCAUGAUAUCUUUAGCAGCUUCGCUGUCCUUGUCAUCCUGCAAAGGCGGAUAGUCGGGCUCGUUGAUAUCGCAGGUAGAAACCUCAAAAAGCAGAACCUAAAAGCCAACGCAAAAGAAAAAAAAAAAA